GCACUGUGUAUAAAGGAUACAUUGAAUACGGUUUCAUCGCUGUAGCCAUCAAACGACUAGAUUCAUCAUCAAAGCAAGGGACACGUGAGUUCCAGACAGAGAUUGAGAUGUUAUCCAAUCUUCGCCACCUCCAUCUAGUGUCACUGAUUGGAUACUGUGAUGAUCAUGGCGAGAUGAUCCUUGUAUACGAUUACAUGUCAAGAGGCACUCUUAGAGAACAUCUAUACAAAACAAAGAGCUCUCCUCUUCCAUGGAAGCAAAGGCUAGAAAUAUGCAUCGGUGCUGCAAAAGGGUUGCAUUAUCUUCAUUCAGGAGCAAAGCACACAAUCAUUCACCGUGAUGUGAAGUCAACAAACAUAUUGUUAGAUGAGAAUUGGGUGGCUAAGGUUUCAGAUUUUGGGCUGUCCAGAUUGGGUCCCACUAGUACAUCCCAAACGCAUGUUAGCACUGUAGUUAGAGGUAGCAUUGGAUAUGUGGAUCCAGAGUACUACCGUAGGCAACACCUAACGGAGAAAUCUGAUGUUUAUUCAUUCGGUGUGGUUUUGUUUGAGGUGCUAUGUGCAAGGCCACCAGUGAUUCCAAGUUCACCGAAAGAUCAAGCAAGCUUAGCUGAGUGGGCACGAAAAUGUUACCAAAGAGGAACCCUUGAUGAGAUCGUGGAUCCACAUUUAAAGGGCGAGGUUGCCCCUGUCUCUUUAAAUAAGUUUGCAGAGAUUGCUAACAGUUGCUUACAUGGUCAAGGAAUUGAACGCCCUAAAAUGGGUGAUGUCGUUUGGGGCCUUGAAUUUGCGUUGCAGCUUCAACAAUCUGCUGAGAAAAAUGCCAAAAGUGUAGACGGGAUCAAUAUGGAAAAUAAAAGCUCAUUUUCACCACAUCGAGAUGUCAUGACCACUGAUGACGAUGACAUGUUUAGUGGAGCGGAGUCACAUUCAAGGAGCACAGUUAGCACUCGUGAAAGUGUCACCCAAAGUGAUCCAGAUCAAAGAGCAAGGGGUGUGUUUUCUGAAAUAAUUGACCCAAAGGCAAGAUGAGAUUGAAAUCAUUUCUCAAUGUGGGCUGCUUAAAAUAUAUGAUUCGCAGCUUGCUAGCAUUAGAUCAUGUCUAUAUAUAUAAAUAGUAGCUUCAAUUUGUUAUAAGUGGAACUGGUGCCACUGUAGAAUCCUGAGCUUGUGUUUUGCAUAUAUCCAUUAUAUUGUUGUA